AGUUCCAGAGGGGCGGGUUCUGGCCGGAGGUGGAGUCACUUUUCAUUUAAAUCCCUGACUAUAAAAUGGGCUUAAAGAGAAGCGGGAUCUCAGCUGUGCUGCACAGACCCCGGCAAGCAGGGUGCGUGGGGGCCCCCAGGCAGCCAGCGCCCUGCAGCACAAGCCGCUGCGAUGCUCCACUCCCUUGGCGUUCACACCUUGCAGCUGCUCACCCAGGCGGCCGCCUGCAUCCUCCUCUUCCCCCGCUUCCUGCUCACCGCCGUGAUGCUCUGGCUCCUGGAUUUUCUGUGCAUUAGGAAGAAGAUGCUGAUGAUGCCCACGGCGGAGGAGGCGGCCAGCGCCAGCGAGGGGACGCCCCCCGACGACCCCCCGGUCUGCGUGUCCGACUCCAACCGCAUGUUCACGCUGGAGUCGCUGAAAGCCGUGUGGCACGGGCAGAAGCUGGACUUCUUCAAGUCGGCGCACGUGGGCUCCUUAGCCCCCAACCCCGAGGUGAUCCAGCUGGACGGGCAGAAGAGGCUCCGCAUCCUGGACUUCGCCCGCGGCAAGAGACCCCUCAUCCUCAACUUCGGCAGCUGCACCUGACCCCCGUUCAUGGCCCGCCUGAGGUCCUUCCAGCGCCUGGCCGCGCACUUCGUGGACAUUGCUGACUUCCUGCUGGUGUACAUCGAAGAAGCACACCCCUCCGACGGCUGGGUCAGCUCGGACGCAGCCUACAACAUCCCCAAGCACCAGUGCCUCCAGGACAGGCUGCGGGCAGCUCAGCUGAUGAGGGAAGGGGCGCCCGAUUGCCCCCUGGCCGUGGACACCAUGGACAAUGCUUCCAGCGCCGCCUACGGUGCCUACUUCGAGAGGCUCUACAUCAUCCAGGAGGAGAAGGUGAUGUACCAGGGAGGCAGAGGACCAGAGGGCUACAAGAUCUCGGAGCUGAGGAGCUGGCUAGACCAGUACAAAACCCGGCUCCAGAGCCCCAGCGCGGUGGUCAUCCAAGUGUAAAAAGGACCUGGCAAGAAGUGCAGGGGUG